AUGCGUAUCCUGUACCAAUACAUGCCCAAGAUCUACGACGCCAUCACCUUUCCGAAAGUCUUCCCCAAUGGCAACGACGUGCCCAAGUAUCGUCAGCAACUCGUUGACUUCGAACAACAGUUCAGGGGACACAUGUGGGACUACAUGAUGCGGCUUGUCUCGGAAAUGCAGAAGGCUCGUUUGGCGGGGCAGGUGCCCUACACAGCGAUUCCGGGUUGGCUCCAUAAAUGGAACAAGGAACGUGAAGAUCGUGCGGAACUUGCGGGGAUAAACACGGCGUGGAAGGCGGCUCGAAGGGGUGAGCCGGAACAGUCUAAAGGUGAAAGCUCACCGUUGCCGCAGUGGAAAGGUUAUUGA